AUGGCCGACGCCGAUCACCAGUAUGGCUACUAUGACGAAACGGCCCCCGAUGACGACCAGCCUAUCGUCUCUACUCGUGGCCUUGAAGCUUUCGGACGCAAGGUCACAACGACAGCGAGCCAUCUGAUGGGGCCCCUCUCCGAGGCAGGGCCCGGCAACCCCCAAUACCAGAGCGCCAUGGCCGAGGUCCACAAACAGUUGAAGCGCCCGACAAUGCAGCGCAGCAUGUUCUCCAUGGCCAGGACGACGCCGUCCGAGAUGGUUCGGGCUAAGCUGUCCAAGACGGAGAUUCAACAUCGUGCCUUGACCUAUCUCCCCGACGAGCUGCUUGUCAACAUACCCGACAACGACAACUCGUACUCGCUCUUCCAGGGUUUCCAGGCCAGCUUUCCGGAGCUCACCGACGAGGGCAAAAAGCACAAGCGACGAGUAUCGAGGGGCAGGAAGUUGAUUGACGACGGCAAGGCCACCGCAGGCACACCGCAGUCAUUACACAACCUGAAACAGGAAAAGUCUUCGAUGAUGCACGAGCUGGAAAUGCUGAGCGUCCGCAAAAAUAUGGCCAGCAGCGAGAUCAGGGAGAUUGACAUCAAAAUCGCGAACCUGGGCGGCAUGCGCAGAAUCAUCCUGGAGAGGCUGGCUGGGUUGGAGCAGGAUGAAGCUAUCCUGGAGCACGAUCUGAUUGAUGUGGAAGGUCGCCUCGAGGAUGCGCAGCUACUCGUCGAGGAAGCUGAAACGAUAGCCCAGCAAACACCGACCCGAGAAGAGCUGGAUCUCGCGGGUGACCACGAGGACGAUGGCUUCAUGUCCCAAUCUGUGUACGAGAAGAUUCCUGCCUCCCCCAGUACGCCUUCCAAGUCGAAGAGGCCGAGAACGGUCCGACGAAAGUCCAUGCCUAUCCUCCACGAACACUUCGAGCCCGGCACCGCGAUCCGGGAAAUUCGAGCACACCAGGAUACCAUCACAGCUCUCGACUUUGACGCCCCUUUCGGAACAAUGGUCACGUCUGCUAUGGAUGAUACUGUCAAGGUAUGGGAUCUGAAUGCGGGCCGGUGCAUCGGCAUGCUCGAGGGCCACACUGCCUCGGUGCGCGCACUCCAAGUGGAGGACAACAUUCUGGCCACGGGUUCUCGUGACGCCACCAUCCGGCUGUGGGACCUGAGCAAGGCGCACUACGACCCACAGGGCGGCCAGUUCGGCAAAGGAGGCGAGGAGGACGAUGAUGGCAUCGCCUUCGAGAACCCAGAUGAUCAGCCGGUAGACCCGCCCGAGGGCAGCAUGGACGACUGUCACCUGUUCACGCUGCAGGCGCACGUCGACGAAAUAACGGCGCUCCACUUCCGCGGCGACAUCCUCGUGUCCGGCUCGGCUGACAAGACUCUACGACACUGGGACCUGGAAAAGGGACGCUGCAUUCAGACGCUGGACAUUAUGUGGGCGGCGACACAGGCCUCAGCUACAAUGGGAGACGACGGUCCUUGGCGGCAGACGAGCCGCUCGGCAUCGUCGUCGGCAGACUUUGUGGGCGCUGUGCAGGUAUUCGAGUCGGCGCUGGCGUGCGGCACGGCAGACGGCAUGGUGAGGCUUUGGGAUCUGCGCAGCGGCACCGUCCACCGCAGCCUCGUUGGCCACACGGGCCCCGUGACGUGCCUACAAUUCGACGACAUGCAUCUGGUCACAGGCAGUGCGGACAGGAGUGUCAGAAUCUGGGACCUGCGGACUGGGUCAAUCUCAGACGCUUACGCUUACGACCACGGUAUCACGAGUAUGAUGUUUGACGCCCGCCGGAUCGUGUCGGCGGCAGGGGAGGAUGUUGUCAAGGUGUACGACAAGCUCGAGGGCCGGCAGUGGGAGUGCGGGGCGGGCAUCGUCCAGGCGGAGGAAGGCAAAUCGCCAGCAGUCGUGGAGCAGGUGCGCGUCCGUGACGGAUACAUGGUGGAAGGCCGGCAGGAUGGCAUUGUAGGAGUAUGGACAUGUUGA